AAUUAAUUAAUUGGCACCCGCGAAGACUAUCACGAUCGGCAUGAAUUGAGUAGCAAACUUGUGAGAUCUCCAAUAACAAUUUGCCAUUUGUCAGAACUAGAACGUUUGGAUAAGAUCAUUUGGUAGAUGCUCCUAAUUGUCGUUCAUGCUCAUUGCUCAUGGCUUGCAUUUUGAACUCCAUUGCCGUCCUACCGAUAACUAGGAAGUCGAUCACUGUGAGCUUCUUCGACUGGGCAAAGAUCCGGAGAGCAGAGGAGCCGCCAAAGCCGCAGUUCAAGUACCACGACAUCGAUCUCCCGUUCCCUCCAUCACUGGUAGCUAAAACCUAUCUGAGAGGAAGGGAGCUGAAGUGCUGCUACAGGGCCUCGGUCGACGGCUUCAGCGCCGUCGACUUCCACCGCCGCUGCGACUUCAAGGGGCCCUGCGUGGUGGUCGCCCACACCUCUACAUCCUUCAAGUUUGGGGCGUUCAACCCGGAAGGUUACCGGAGCACUGACGACUACUACGACACCUUCGAUGCCUUCCUCUUCUACUGGAAGGAAUCGGAAUCGGAGUCGGAGAGCAGCGAGCCGCUGGUUAUGCUGCCGAAGGUAGGGGGCAGUGGCGCUGCCAUCUUUGACUACGCGAGGGGCGGUCCGCAGUUCGGGGCCGACGGCUUGCUCAUCGGCCCGCCACUGACGCCGGUCAUGGUCGUGUUCACGGGGCCGGACGCGAGCUCCGGCGUCGGGGACCUGAGGCAGGCCAAGUCCAGGCUGGGCUUGUCCUACUCCAAGAGAGAGGAUGGAAAAGAAUCCAUCUUUGGGGACGUAGGCAAGGCCACACUCGUAGAGGUGCAAGUCUUCUGCAGCCCACAGAUCGCGAGCUUGUUCUAG